AUCGCAGCGCUGGAGCGGCAGAUCUUUGAUUUCCUGGGCUACCAGUGGGCGCCCAUCCUGGCCAAUUUUUUACACAUCAUGGCUGUCAUCCUGGGCAUCUUCGGGACCAUCCAGUACAGAUCCAAAUACCUCAUCAUGUACGCGGUGUGGCUGGUGCUGUGGGUCGGCUGGAACGCCUUCAUCAUCUGCUUCUACCUGGAGGUCGGGCACUUGUCGCAGGACCGAGACUUCAUCAUGACCUUCAAUACCUCCCUGCACCGCUCGUGGUGGAUGGAGAACGGGCCAGGCUGCCUGGUGACACCAGUGCUCAACUCCCGGCUGGCGCUCGAGGACCACCACGUCAUCACAGUCAGUGGCUGCCUGCUGGACUACCAGUACAUUGAGGUGCUCAGCAGCGCCGCACAGAUCUUCCUGGCGCUCUUCGGCUUCGUCUACGCCUGCUAUGUCAGCAAAGUGUUUCUGGAGGAAGAAGACAGCUUUGACUUCAUUGGUGGGUUUGACUCCUAUGGUUACCAGGCGCCGCAGAAGACGUCGCACCUACAGCUACAGCCACUGUACACGUCUGGGUAGCUCCAUUCCCUGAAUCCACCCUGGCCAGCGUGGGACAGGACCCCUUGGAGCCCCCUGCCCCCAGCUCUAUGCCACUGCCACCUCUGGAGGACGGGGACAGCACCAAGCCGCCUCCUUCCGUUCUCCUCUCGCACCCCAAAAACAAAGUUGAGUCGGGCAUGGUCAUGUCCAAGGGCUCCAUCAUCUGGUUGGCUCCAGCGCAAGGCAGCCAUGGCCAGGACAUCUCCAGUUCGCCUACAAAAGACCCAAGGAAACUCUCAGUGCUGUGCUCGAGCCCCCGGAUGGGCCAGCACAGUGGGGACGCAGCAAAGACAUGGGGAUGCAGCAGGACAUGGGGACAUGGUGGGGAUGUGGGCUCGGUCUCUGGACACUUUUCUUCUGUUUCUCGGACCUGGUUUUUAAUUUGAGCAGUGUGUCCUCUUCCUGUGUGCCGGGCAGAAAGAAGCGCAGAGUGGAUUUGGGACGAAACCCAGCCUGUUUGGAGCAGCUCAGGCCUGCAGGGGAUAAUUGCAGCUUGUUGGGGCUGACACACCUGUGGCAUCAUUGUCCAAUGGAGAACGUCCUAAAGCGCCAGUUUUGGAGUCGGGAUGGCACAAAGCAGGAGUUUUGUUCCUAAAAAGCUCCCAUUGUCUUACCAGGGGACUGGAGCUGGGCUGCUCAUUGUCCCCACUACCCAGGACCAGCACCCCACAGCCUCCCUGCAUUUGGGGGUUCCAUCCCUACUAUUGGAACUCUUCAAUUUGGCAAUACUGACGCUGCUCUCGACACAGCCCUUUCAGGCUGUUUUAAUGAAUAUAAUGAAUGUUUUAGGUUGUUUUUAAUUUUAUUUUAUUUUAAUUUGAAGUGCCUGAGUACACUUUUGUUGAGCAUCACCCCCACCCCUCACACUUUCUUCUUCCUCCUCCUCCUCCUCCUCCUCCUCCUCCUCCUCCCGAGGUUGCAUUGUGCCUUCAGCGAAGGCUGGCAGUGCCUGCUGCCUCCCCUGGGUGGUUUGGCUUCUGGGGGUAAAUCCAUCCUUUCUGGCACUGCCCCAAAUGGGGGCAUUCAUUUUGGCAGCAAAAAAAAUGGCGGGCGAUGAGUUGGGAGACAGGGGAAUGGUUUUGGCGGGAGGCAAGGUGUGAGCUCCUGAGGUGUGGUUGCAAGUGAUCUCCAUUGAAAAUGAAGAGCUGGGAAUGCAAAGCAUUGGAACAACCUGCAAACAAACUUCAGUUCCAGAAGACGCCACAGGUCACUGAUGGACUCCAGGUUCAUUCUCCUUCUUCCCAGCCUGCAGCAUGGAAGUGAGCUGGGGUCAGUCCCAGACGCCCCAUGGUUUGUCCCCAAGUGUCGCUGUUCCCGGACGCCUUUGGUUAUGAACAGGGGCUGCUCCAGCUCUGCCUCCGCAGGGCUGCUCCUCCAGAUGGGUUCUUUCAGCACCCCAUUGCAGAUUUUCCCUUCCCACAAAGUAGCCACCAAGUGCCAAAGGAUGGAGCGCAGAAGGGAAAUGCUGCCCAAUCCCACAUCCUUGGGGGGGUACAUCCCCCCGCCAUCACCAUCACCUCACCCCAGCCUGAGCGGGAGCUUUGCAGGCAAUAAUUCUGAGCCCUUUCUCCCCCAUCUCUGAGAGAUAAAGUGAUUUCCAGGCAGCGGAGCCCACCUCCAGCAUUGACCCCACCCACCUGUCCCCAGACCCACAUCCCAGCACUGGUGACCCUGGGGGACAGCAGAGGGCACGGUCCCACUGUCACCAGUGCCCCGUGAUCUUUUUUCUGUUGGCUUGUUUUUUUAUAAGACAGUCUUUGUAAUGUGAACCGAGGAUUUCUUUUCUAUUCUGUAAUUAUAAAAGUGGAAGGAGUUUUCACCCGAUGCCUGCUCUGGUUUUGUGUAUUUCCAUUCUCUGUGUGGUUGAAUCAAUUAAAAAGUUGUGGUUUUUCA